AAGGAAUCAGUUAGGAUUCUACAGUCAAACGAAUAGGAACUUUUCUACGCCAAAGAAGAGGGUUUCCUACAGCGCCAGUACCGAAACCGUAAUCGUGUGUUUUUAGUGUUUUUUGAACCAAAAAAUUAUAGGAAAGAACUUUGUUAAAUUAUUACAGUUUUGUUUAUUGAAAUCUUAUUAAAUCUUUAAGUUUUUGUUUAAACUGUUACUUGUUUUUAUAUCGAAAAAAAAGAAGUUAUUAUUUUUGCUUAUAUAAAAAAGUGUGUUUGAAACCAAAUUACGAUAUACACGAAACUCACGAAAACAAGGACACGAAAUUUAGAAAAAAAAUUUAAUAAAAAUAACGGUCGUUUUGUAUUAUAUCAAAACCUUUAAGCCAACCCUCAUUGCUUAUCGCUACAAUCUAUCACGCAACAACUGCCACCUACCAACAAACAACAACCACAAAAACCAACGUACGAACAGCCACCAACCAACUACCAACAACAACAACCAAAAAAAUGUCUUUCUCCAAAGCUAAACUAAAACGUUUCAACGACGUCGAUGUCGAUUGCGCCAACUCACCCGCAGCUGCGCGUUUGGCCACCGACGCCUGCACCGUUAAUACGCCGAGCAAAUGUGUUAAUGCCGCCACCACAGUCACAACAACCACCAACACCACCGCGGCUGCAACCAGCACAGGACACCCCGAACGCAAAGAGCAGAUCGAGAAAUUCUUCAAAGACGCCGUACGAUUUGCCACCAACAGCAAGGAGGCGAAAGAGUUCGCCAUACCGAAGGAUGGCGCAUUGAAGGAUGACAAAAAGUCCAAAGGUUUGCGUCUCUUCCGUACACCUUCGCUGCCGCAACGUUUGCGCUUCCGUCACAAUCCCACCGAGUCGAGUGCGGUAAAUGCCACUAACAAUAAUAAUGGUGGCGCCAGCACAGCCAGUUCCACGCCACUGCAUUCGGCCACCACCACACCGGUGAAGGAAGUGACCAAGUCAGGCGGUAGUCGUCUAAAAGGUAAAGAGGCGCUACAACAAGAGAUACGCAAAAAGAAUGAGUUGCUCGAGAGCUAUAUGAGUCAGAUUGAUGUGCUCAAGCGUCAUGUGGAACAGCUGAAGGAGACGGAGCAGAAAUUGCGCGAGGAGAAUGCCAGUGUUGUGGAGAAAACCGAAAGUCUAAUACAUGCACUACAAACGGAAAAUGUGGCGCACAAAGAGUUGAACGAUCGACUGAGCGCUGAAAAUGUGGCGCUCACAGAGAAUUGUCAGCAAACAGCGCAGGAGAUGAGCACGCUUAUUGCGCGCCACAACAAUGAGUUGGAGGAGUUGCAAGCUUUUAUCGGCGAGCUGAAAACACAGAAUGCUAGGCUGGAGCAACAAGCGCAACAACAAUGCUUGGAGGAGAAAAUCAAACAACAUAAAAUCGACGCAUUGCAGUUGGAGAUCAGUGAGGCGCGUGAAAAGCUUGCCGCCAACGAAGAGCGCGCACAGAAAGACACUGAACUCAUACAGAAUUUGCGUAACACCAAUGAGUCGCUGGGGCGCGAUUUGAACGAACUGAAGAAACAAAUCGAAAAAGAUGCUUUGGCGUAUGCGCAAGAGAACAAGAUCAUACAAAACGAAAUGGAGUGUCUGAAGAAGGAGCGUAGCACUUUAAAGCAUGAUUUGGCUAGCAAAUGUGAGCUCAUCAAAUCAUUGCAGGACGAGCUGUUGGAUAAGAAUUGCGAGAUCGAUGCGCAUUGCGACACAAUACGUCAGUUGUGUCGCGAAAAGUCGAAGCUGUUGGAGAAGGAACAUCUGAUCGAGACAGCUGAAGAGAAGGUGCGUAGCGCCGAGGAACAGGCGGAGCAAAAAGUGCAGAAACUCGAGUCCGAUUUGGAGAAUGCGCUCGAACGUGAGAAACACUAUUGGCGCGCCGAGCUCGAUAAGCGUCAGAAGAUGGCCGAAAACGAGAUCAUUAAAGUGGAGUUGGAGAAGCAAGACGUCAUGGUACUGCUGGAGACCACGAAUGACAUGUUGCGCGAUCGCGACGAGAAGAUACAGAAAUACGAAGAACAACUACGCAAUGGCAUCGACUAUUACAUACAAUUGACCGACACAUUGCAAAAACAAGUUGUUGAUUUGAAACAAGACAUGGCUAAAGUCAUAACCGAAAAGUACAAUUAUCAAUUAACAUUGAGUAAUACACGUUCCACGGUGAAUAUAUUGAUGGAACGUUUGAAGAAAUCCGAUGCUGAUGUCGAACAAUUCCGCGCCGAACUCGAAUCUGUGCAGUUGGCGAAGGGCGCAUUGGAGCAGAGUUAUUUGACGCUGCAAGCUGAAUUGGAGACACUGCGCGCUAAUCACGCUGAAGCGGAAACCGCGCUGAAGACACUAUGUCAGUCUUCGCAAACACUACAACAAGAGGAGCGCAUAAAUACGACAGAUGUCGCGCACUACCUGGACAUGUACAACGAGCUGAAGCGCAAGGACGAAUCACGCGAACUGUAUAUGCAGGAUAUGAAGAAGGCAUUGGACGAAUUCGCCACCGUAUUGCAAUUUGCACAACUGGAACUCGACAGCAAAGAGAAGUCACUGCAUAAGGUACGCGACGAAUGCGAACAACUCAAAUUGGAGAAUAUCGCGCUCAAAUCCAAAGUCGAAGAGGGCAUCACAAAACGUGAGAAUAGCACAGAUCUUGAGAAGAUCGAAGAUCUACUAAUCGAUACCGAAUUGCGCGCCGAAUGUGAUAAGAUCGCCUCUUGGCUAUUGAGCUCAUCCACCAGCGACAAAUGUGUACGCACCGAAAGCAGCAACGAAAUCAACGAACUGUUGAAACCAUCAACACCGACUAGCACAAAGAAGACACAACAGCGCAGCUGUUUGACACCAUCAUCACCCGCCGCCAAUAAGACGAUAACAAUAUCGUCCAACGCACCCGGUUCCAAUGUUGGCACACCACGUACGCCGCGCACGCCAAAGACGCCACGUACACCACGCACCACACCCAAGAAGACGGUACUCUUCCCCGGCAAGGAGAACAUAUGCAGUCCGCAGAAGCAGGUGCUGAAGGCGCGUAAUAUGUAGACGGCAGAGCGGAAGACGCAGACCAAGUCCCCAUAUUGGUCGACACUACGACAUAAGCACAAAUUUACAUUGCUUGUAAGAUGUAUUUAUAUUUAAAUAAAUAUUAACUAUUUAAAAUUAUGCAA